AUGGCUUCAGUAUCUCAUUCGUCAUCAUCAGCAUCAGAAAUUGUCAAUAGUCGUAUUCCAUUAGGCGCAACAAAAGAACAAUGUCAGAAAUGGAUAUCGGAGAAACAUCAUUGUCUUCCAAAUGAUACUAUUUUUCACCGUUUACUUCGAUCUGGUUUGAUCGAUGAAAUGGUUGUAGCUCUUGGAGAACAUGAAUAUCAAAAAGGACGCAAUUAUCGACUCGAUGAAAUUCGUUUUCAUUCUUUCGAUGAGGAUGACGAAGACGAAGAUGGGUCACCUACAAAAAAGUUCAAACCAAAUACACUUUUACAACGUGAUUCUACAACACAGACUGUAUCUGAAACAACAGGACUCAGAUUAUUUGAUUAA